CAAAACCCUGAACUCGCUGCUGAGGUGUCCGCAAAGCCCAGUCAUUUGUCGAGUCAGAAAACGAAUGUUGAUCUUGGUCAUGCUGGUGCUCCUGAGCCCACUGUACAGCGCAGGAAGCUCCAGCUCCUUCCACGGUCUGUUCUUGCUACUGAAAAAAACACCACGCCUCCUUCAGAAGAAGAACCUGAAAGCGCACCUGCAGCCAUGUCAGAAGCAGACGUGAAGAAGAAGAUUGAUGAAGAUGUGAGAGAGUUCUUUGCUGUUUGCAAUCUUCAAGAGGCCGAGGUUUACUUCACCAAUCUUCCUGACGAGCACCACUUCCGGCUUGUGGGCAAGCUGGUUGCGUCCGCGCUUGAAAAUCGCCAGGUCUCAUUGUCAUUAGCGCCACCAUGUUUUGGGGUGUUGCUCUCAAGGUCGCAUGCUACAAGAAAGAAGAACCUGUGCACGAUGUAUCAGCAUCGCCGUUCUCGUCAAAAAUCAAGACCGGCACCAGCGUGA